AUGGCAGCAAAAGCAUCAAUUUGUUUUUACCUCGGUGUUCUAGGAGCCGAAGAAGAAGAGCAUCAGUCGGCUCCCAUACCGAAAGCCAAACUAGAAGCCAAACAUAGGGUUUGGCUUCGAGUGCUCCAUUUGACGGUUGCGGGAACGGACACACUCGCUCGUUUAAGUGGUCCUGUCAAUUGCAUCCCAACAAGCCGGGAAGAUGAAACGAGGAUGGAAAACAAAACGAUUGCACGGGACGACGUACGACGGUUGCAUCCGUCGGCUGCAAUGCCAGUCGAGACUGACCAUGGCCCCGUCAUUUGGAAUGUUUCAACUAAUCCUUGUAAUGUGCGCGCUACAGAUGUCAUGACAGCGGUGUACGGGUUUAGUAGCGUAAUGAGCAAGGUCUUGGACCGGCUCAACAAGGACGACGUGGUAUUCAGAGGACGCAUUGCAGGUGUGGAGAUUGAGAGCCAUAGAGAACAGGUUCCAAGUUCCGCUCAUGUGGUAGUUCCGGGUUUACGAAAGGAGUGGAUACAAGCGACGGCACACUUUGUGGAAAUCACUCAAUGGAGACCUCCCGGGAACGCGUCAAGAGGCAAGAGACGACAAGCAACGAAGGCGAUGAGCAGGGCCAAGUGGGCGGGACAAGAAGCCGCCGCCGGAGUAGCAGCAGCAGCAGCAGCGGGAGCAGGCAUUUGCAUUGGACGAGACAGCACGGUUGAGAUCUUCUAG